UGAGUCGGUGAGUGUAUGUACUUGCAGUAGUAGUUCAAGCCUCUAGGACAGUAACGGAGGAGGAAGAAGACGAAGAAGAGGGAAACAACUUCUACGUACAUAGAACGCAAGAAGCAAGCAACGAGUUACCGAGAGUUGCUACUCGAAGCAGUUCAGUUGUGUCGAGCAGCACGAAGAAAGAAAGACCAGCACACAUAGGAAACUGCGGACGAAUUAUCCCAACGAAUCACUAGUGAGUGAAUGACUGACUCUGGUGAGUGACUCUGAUGCCAUCCGGAAAUCCGAAUCCUCACCCCCAAUAGCACAUGGUGGCAGGCCUACCAACGGGAUCAUGUCCAUCUUAUUAGUGGCUCUUGGCUGAAAACGAACACCAUCGCUUACUAAUAGACAUUCUGAUUGAUUAGUGGGCACUUGAGGAUUGAUUUUUGGGUCAUCUAUCAAACCUUACCUACCACCACCUCCACUACCCCUUCCGGAACAACCGCAACAACAGCAACAACAACAAUCCCCUCUGAUUAACCACCAAAUCCGAACAGAUCCAUGCAUGGGACUGCCAAUGUGACGGAUAUUUUGCUUUCAUCAUUAUGAAGAGUCCAGCUGGGAUGUCCAAAACGAUGCUUCUGGAGCUCAAACCGAGAAGAAGUGGUGGUGGCAAUUUCAACAACAACAACAACAACAAAUGUACCAACGGAACGUUGGCUCAAUGAGUGAUCUUCAGACCAAGUGUUCAUUUCCAAGCUAGGAUCAGACCAACAUGGUUGUCGCGUUAAUGUGACAAAAGCUCGCGUGAUUCCAAUCAAAUUCAUAUGACACAUCCUCCACUGCCCUUGUCCGCAACUUUGGUCCAUGGUAUUGAUGAGGCACAGAGUGCGAAGAAGACGACGAAAAAGCCUCUGGAGUCCACUUCGAUCCAUUGCUCAGUUGGUCGAAGGAGUUGUUGCUGUAGGAGGAGGACGAACACCAGGACAGUUCUUGAGCAGUCCUUUUAAGUCGGUGACCCCCACACGUUUCUACAAUUCCUUGACGUCGUCGUCAUCGUCGUCAUCAUCAUCAUCAUCCUGAUCGUCAUCUCCCUCUUCUGCUCCUCCUGGUGCUGCUUUUCCAUGCCUUGUAACUCUUGAUCGGCUUGUCAAGACCGGAUUCAUCUGUACUUGCAUUGAAGUGACUUGCUCUCAGGGAAAAGUUGUCGAUCCACUUCUGAAUCUAUGACCGCCACCAUUACAACGACUACCCAAAGUCUUACUGCCUGUUGUCUCGGACAUCAUCUUCAUCACCAUUCCAUGGCCCAGCACCAAGUCCAAGUAGUCGACCGCCGGGGCAUUCUUCUUUCACUCAAGAAUUAGAAAUUGGAGAGAAGAGGUGCGCUCUGAAAUCUGGCCCGGGUCCUCCACCUACUCAAGUGCAUAUUAGGACUUCUUCAGGGCCACAAACCACAAACCAAUAACAUCAGGGGCAGAAAAUAACGCACGGGGCAAAGAUCAAACCGACCAGGAAUCACAAUCAUCAAAUAAGGAGUUACCACAUUGGCGCCGAGACCUGUCUCUAAAUCUGAAGUGUAAGUGCGUGUGUUUUCAGUGCCAGUGACCAAAGAAUGUGAGUGUGUGAAGAGAAAGAGAGACAGAGGGAGAGCAGAAUACUAUUCACAACUUGUACCACAAGUUCUACCUUUGGUUGUUCGAUGAUGAUCACCCUUGUUACCGCCAGUGGGUGAGUGUAGCAGUAUUCAUCUGCAUCUCAACCACCACUUCUUCGUCUCCUUCAUUGCCGCCACCACCACCACCGAUUCCACCACCACCACCACUACCUUCUCCUUCUCCUCCUCCUCAGAUCUUGCAUUGCCAACUUUUAGCCUUAGAAGCCGUGCUUGGACUAGAACAACAUUGAAUCAUAGAGUGCGUUUGUGGCAAUUCGAGUGUGAGAAGAGGACUUGUAGUGGCAACGUCGGUCGCGUGGUCGUCAAUUCCUGUCAAAAGUCCAGACCGCCUCACUCACCUGAAAUUCGAAGUCAUCUGAUCCAAUGACAUUGUGGAGAAACAAGUCGUCCAGAUUUAGAAGUGUGCUGUGAUCUAACAACCUGGUUGGUUGCCUGUGGCGCAAAAAAAGAUACACAACUAUCAACCUGAACUGGCCUCUCGUUUUUGAGGAGUUGUGGUGUGGUAGUUGGUGAGUGCGUAAGCAAGUGAUUCAGUGAAUGAGUGAGUGAGUAGUGCCACCAGCUCUUUCUCCGGCCUUCAUAGGCUCAGGGCCUCCUCCAGUUUUUGACCAUGGGGGAAAGGACGAGGCUCAAGAAGUAACCACCAGAGCGCCAUCUCGAAUUCGAUAUCCGACAGGCACUCUGCCAAUUUUGACAGUGAUCACUGACUCGCUGAAACAACGAUGGGGAAUGCCUUGCCAUGUGGAGGGGAUUCGUCAUCUUCCAGGGGAUCACCUGGAACACGGGGAGGACUUCUCUCCAAUAACAUCAGUGGAUUCUCAUCCAGAUCCUCUGGUUCCAUUGUUGGUGGAGAUCCAGGGAAAAAUGAACACAACAACAGACUGGGAUGCAACAAUUCAAUCCUUUGGCGUCACGAUUCCAUAGUGAACUUUCGCCAGCAUUUACGGGUUCGGCGACCAAAACUGCGGGCGGUUUUGGCUCUCUCUAAACAAGGGCAUCUCUAUGACACGGUCAAAUGGGCAUGUGAUCGGCUCAAUGUGGAGUCCAGUCACGCCCCAAGUACAGAUACGGCCAUUGCCGCGUGUAAAGAUGGUGUGAUUCCUAGCCUCCUGGUGUUGGAUUGUCGCAAUUACCGGAACAUUGAUGCAGAGGCUGUGGCUAAGGCCGUUCAUCAAAAUGUCGUCAGCGAGGUUACAGUCAUCGUUGGCAUUGUUAAAAAGAGUUUCUAUGAUAAGGAGGAGAUAGUAAUCGAAUCUCAUCUCUCGGCUGGCUUUUCCCGGAUCCUUCUGGACUCAAGUAGCCGCGGGUAUUGGCUGAAUGAAUUGGCUUGGAUUCUGCGGAAUGAUUGCGAGAAUGCCCUCAAGUCUCAAUGCUUUGAGACCAUGUUGUCAGCCCUCAACAACUGCCGUGAUAUCGUUCAGAUCACAGAUGACGAGAACAAACUCAUGUUUAGUAAUCUGGCCUCCGAGAGGGUCUUGGGAUUCAAAGAUGACGACGUGAAGGACCGAAGUCUGUGGGAGCUUCAAACCAUCAGUGGUCUCGCCGAGAACAGUAUGACUGAGAAAGAAUCGACUUUGUUAAUGCAUGGAAGCGAAAUUGUCCGUCAGAAGUUGGAUUUGGGCAAAUCUUGGGAUGGCUUUCUUAGUUGUAAGAGGAAAACCGGUGACUUCAUUCAAUUGGAAACGAGGGCCAUUCCUAUAUCCAUUGUGUCAAAAGGGUCUCCCGACCACAUAGUGUAUGUGAAGCAGCCUCCUCCUUUGUUCAGGGAAAAAUCGUUCUCGGAAUUAUACGAGACCCCUCCAAUUCCACAAAAUACGUCAGUCCCAGGUCAGGCUUCAAGGAAAAGUCUCAAGUCUUUCAGAAAUGCUUCCUGUGAUGUUGCUGCCCUUAUGGGAGAUGCCCCAACAAGUGGCCAUCAUGGCUUUCGAAGGCAGAGCAAUGCCAAAAUGCAUUCCCUUUCCGUGGAAGCCCCAAUCACAAAAGUAAUCAACAUCAUUUUGGCUGCACAGGAGAAUUCUCCACUCUACAUUGCUCAGGCACUCGAUCGCGUCCUCGACAUUCUGCAAGCCACAGACUCCAUAAAUCUGUUCUCCCCGGAAGUGGAACGUGAGCGUAAGAAGAAAACGGAUGCAGUCACCACGGAUUUACUGGGAGCUUUGCUUGCGCACGGGCCCAAACCCUUUGAGGCAUCAGGCACAUCACUAUCCCGAAGUAAUUCGGUUAUUAGUAGGCAAAGUUCGGUCUUAAGAACAUCUUCCAGACGAAGACGAAAUUCCACGAGAGACGUUCUAAAUCAGCGCCGAAGUUCUUCCGAGACCGGGUCUGCCAAGUUGGCCAAUGUUUCCGGAGCUCACGCUGGCCACCGACCAUCAAUGCCAAAUCUGGACAACUCGCCCAUUCAGCUCCGAGAAUUGCUCGAAAAGAGCGAUACCUGGUCCCAUUUUAACAUCCUCGAAUUGGAACAACUGACUGAGAAACGAUGCCUUCUGUGGCUGGGCAUGUCCACUUUGUUACGGUUUGAGGUACACAAAACACUGAAGUGCUCAGAGACCACGCUGCAGAACUGGUUGACCGUCAUUGAAGCCAAUUACAAGACUUCAAACACCUACCAUAACUCCACCCACGCUGCGGACGUCCUCCAUGCCACCGCGUGCUUCCUCGAUUCUCCCAAGGUCAAGGACUAUUGCGAUGAGCUGGAUGAGGCCGCGUGUCUCAUAGCCGCCGUCAUUCACGAUGUUAACCAUCCGGGCAGGAAUAGUGCCUUCCUCUGCAAUUCCGGUAGCGAAUUGGCCUAUUUGUACAAUGACAUCACGGUAUUGGAGAACCACCAUGCCUCUUUGGGUUUCAAACUUUCCACGUCGGACAAGCGCGUGAACAUCUUUGACAACUUGGACAGGGACACGUACAAGCUCAUGAGGCAAAGUGUCAUCGACAUGGUGUUGGCCACCGACAUGUCCAAACAUUUUGUUCACGUCAAUAAGUUUAAUAGUGUCUUCGGAAGGACCAUGUUGAAGGAGGACGACAAUGCUUCAGGGCAAGGGAUCUCCAUGAUGAGAUCACCCGGAGGCAACGCUGGACCAACUCAAGAUGGCGCCAUCAGCCCCGUGAAUUCGGAAUAUAUGAUCCACGAUGUGCCAAAUACUGCUGAGAAUGUGGCCAUACUUAAACGGAUGAUUAUUAAAUGCGCCGACAUAUCAAAUCCCGCACGGCCCCUUAAAAUCUGUCAGGCUUGGGCUUACCGUAUAGCCGAAGAGUAUUUUACUCAGACUGACGAUGAGAAAAAACUGGGACUCCCCGUCGUGAUGCCCCAAUUCGACCGCACGACCUGUUCUAUUCCAAAAUCUCAAAUUGGCUUUUACGACUUCUUCAUCAUUGACAUGUUUGAGAUGUGGAAUGGAUUCACCGACCUCCAAGAGCUCAUGGAUAUCAUAAACUCCAAUUAUUCCUAUUGGAAACUGGAGUGCGAGCGUGAAGAAAGUGGUGAGAAGAAGCACAAGAUCCCCGGAGAUCACACUUUUGAUGAGCAAGAGGAAGACAAUCACGCCAAAGCUGACAUAGACACCCAGUUAGAGACGAUUGACGAAGUCAGGAAGACAGACAUCGAUACGCUAUUGAGUCCCCAAGAAUCUUGAGCUCACCUUCUUUUGACUUUUGGCCUUACAAAACGACGACACCCGGAUUGAGGAGUCGCACAGGCGGACAUACCGCAGAAGUACACCUCGGGAUAAUAUCCCACGCGGGAUCACGCAACCUCAAAUAUGGUGCCAAAUUCUUCGUUAAUUACCCUCAUUUAUCCGUGAUACCUGAUAAUCAUCUUUCUCUAUCACUAAAUGAACAAAGGACUAUUAUGAUUACUAUCACCACGAUCAUUUUCGUCAUUUUACUAAUACUAUUGUCAUUAUUAUAAUUCUUAUCAUUGCUGCUUCUACUAUCACCACUACAAUUAUUAUCAUCAUUAUCAAUACUACUACUAUAACCACUACUUUUACUAGUACUACUACAACUACAACUACAACUACAACUACAACUACUUCUACUUCUACUUCUACUACUACUACUACUACUACUACUGCUAUUGCCACUACACCUACAAUUAUGCUUACUCCUACUAAUACCAAUACUAUAACUGCGUACCAAGUGUUGUUCUUCUCGCAUUAGCCUUGUUUGUGAACCCUUUAAAAGUGAUUCAAUCGUGAUCCUGAACAAUAGUCACUCUCUACCAGAAAUGACUUCCUUAAUGCAAAAUUGGAAGUGUGAUAAUAAGGAUAGCCCUCAGGGUCUCCGGAGGGUUUCCAGCCCCCUUCACCUCUUCCUCCGACAUGUUCAUCAGCUUGUGUUCGCACCAGUGAAGCGUUAAACCACUCGCACAAGGAUUUCAAUCCGGAACUGGCUGGGCGGUGCUGUGUCCCCCGAUUUGAAGGAGUGUCACUAGAAGUUGUUUGGAGCCCUACCUCGAAAGACACGAGGUGUGUGGUGAUGCUGUUUAAUGUGAAAAUGUUAUCCUAUUUACACAGUGAGGCAAUACCUAUCGUCAAUGCAUCCACUGACUGACAUAACAUUUGCCCCCACGACCCUUUCCCUCUCCCGUUAUGAAGUGCUAAUUUUUUACCUUGUGUAACAGAAUGUAUUCUUCGAUGUAAAUGGAACAGAAAUCGUUGUGAGCCACCAAAUAAACAUAAUUGUGUCGUCAA